AUGUGAGCGUUGUGUUUUCUUUGCUUUCCAGUACAUACUAGAUACUUGUUGAGGAGGGACCAUUUUAUUUGUAUUUAGAGUUAAUAUAAGUGUUACUUGGACUUCUUUUCUACAUUGAUGGUACCAGCUUAUAAGUAAUGGGCACACAAACUCAAUCAAAAAUCCAAUCAUGUUUGUAUAACCAGUGAAAGAUGUCAUCCGUAGUAUCUUUUCCAAAUUUAUUGUGUCUUUUACUCACUGGUGUAUUAAUCAUUCACAUCUCUACUCGUACACCUAUUGAAGGUAGCUUUCCCAAAAUCGCAGAUGAUUUGGAAGUUAUUUUUUGCAAAGUUCCACAAUCAAGGAGGGUUGAGGAUUUAAAAAAAUGUUCUUCAGCGCAGAAACUCUUCACGCUGUUGAAAAAUGGAUGUUCUUUUGAGCGCAAAAUGAUAAAGGUGAUAACAAAAACUAAUAAAACAGAGAUUGAGGAAGACAAACAAACAGUGGUAGCAGUGGAGGUGGAAGAGGAAACUAUAUUAGAGGAGACAAAAGCAACGGAAGAUAAACCGGAAGAGGAAAUUAGGUCGUCUUUGGUUGACUCUUUCAUCAUUAGUCUUUUGGUUUGUUCUGCAAUUGCCAGUCUUGUUGAAUGGCACAGAGAGAGAUCUAGGAGAGAGGAGAAGACCAAUGGAGAGGGGUUUGCUACCAGUGGUACCGGUACGGGAGAUGGUGUCAUUGAUCGACGCAUCUCACUGGUGGACUUGACAGUGAAUCGUCACAUCCGGAGACAAGACUCUCAACAGGCGGAUGCACUGAGACAAAACAGCACUCAAGGUUCCCGGCCCCCACUCCUACGGCGCAGCUCCUUCCCAGCCCAGAUCCCCGAGGGUCGCCGGCCGCCUCCUCAACGCCAGCAGAGUAUCCCUGCCACGCGCCGGAUGUCCAUCGACUUAGAGGACGAUGGUUCACCAGACCGGCGCAGAGUUAGAAUUAUCCGGCGCCACUGAAGUAAACUACUGUAUUAGUAACACUUUGUCUACAACCAGAGUUACCCAUAGGAGAAUAUUCAUCAAAAGAUUAACUGUACUUUUUACAUUUUUUCUACUUGGUAUGUAGAGUUAAAAAGAGUUUUUUUCAUAAAUCAACAUCUAGUUUUACAUUGCAAUUUGCACAAAUAACUUGAUGGUAUUUAUCUGGUAAUUUUCAAAGACAAGCUACAUGUGUUAUGCCAAUUGUAUUGUUGAAACUUUGGUUUUCUAAGUCAGUGAUUGUGUGUACCAAACAUUGUAAACUGUUAAUUUCUUCAAGAGGUUUCUACCCCUCCCUCUUUACAAUAUGAUUUGUUUAAAUUUUAAUAUUUUUGACAUUGACUCUGCUUGGAAUUAAUUUACCAGCAUAACUCUACUUUCAUCUUAAGACAUAUAGUAUUUGAAUUCCUACAUUCUAAAAAAAAGUUUAUAAUCAAAAGGUGGACAUUCUACUCCUUUUUUGCUUUAAAGUAUUAAAAUAUCAUGCCAUCUAACAUAUCCUAUGCCUUCUUCAGUGAUUUAAAAGUCUGAAUUACUAUAAAUGUUUUAAUAGACUAAUUGAUUUUAAACUUAUAAACUUUAAUGAGAAUAAGGGUACCCACACAGCGAGCCAAAAUAUACUCUGUUAACCAGGAUAGUAGCUUACUCGCUUACUAGAUGAAUGCCCGGUCUGGCCUUAAGUACAGAUCAUGCAAAGUAGGAUAUUGUGGGAGGGAUAAGGGAAAGGCUCCCAUGAACAUAGAGAGUCACACCACUACACAGUCUUAUUCAUUUAAUCCAACAGCCAUUAAUUGUGGAGUUGACUGUACAAAAUAACAAUAACGACAAUGGGGGGAAGGCUUCUUGUGCCCAUGUGGAUUCUGCUCACGACUCCAACUAAUUCUUUGGUGGCAGAGGUUAUGGGCUUAGAAAUAUACCUGGUAUUGAUUCAACUACAACCCUUAUUCCGUUAUUUGUUUUUGACUAUCCGAUAGGUGAAUCAGUCUAGAGACUAAGAGACUAGCCAAUGAAUAAUAUAAUUGUAUUUUAUUCUUUUUAUUUAAUAUUAGGGGUCUGCAGGCCAAACCUAUUUCAUUAGAUAGGGUAAAAAAUGUUGACCUAUGGGUCUCAUCUUCUGCGGUUGCAAUGAAAUCGUAAACAUCUUCUGUGAUCGGGAGGAAUUGUGAACGUCUCCUAAAUUCAGGGCAAGAUAGUGAACCUCUUUCGAUAUCGGGGAGACUGCCUCAUUUUCCCAUUCAUUUUUACCAUCACAACGAAAUCUUCGGAGACGUGGCUUGUGGGAAUAAAAUUUUGAGAAAUCCCUUUACAGUUUAUCGGUAACAUUCUUUUUUAAGAGAAAAAAUUUCUUUUAAGAAUCCCCCGCUGGGACUGCUAUUUGGGGGAUCUAUAAACGGCCCUGCGAUCUAUAUGCCUAGAUGCUUUCUAUAUUAGUUGCUUGUUUUUAUUAUAAAAAAACAGAAAUUAAUGAAACAUUAGAUCAGGGUAAGCUACCAAACUAGCUACCAGUGUAUUUUAGCCUCACUGUCUAGACCUACAUCUCUUUUGUUCAUACCGAAAUUGAAUAUUUUUUAACCUUUAAAGAUUUAUUAAAUUUUAAAAGAUAUAUUUAUAUGUUAUUUAUAAGAAAGUUAUGAGAAAUUUACCACAUAUCUUACAUUUAUAUUGUAAAAAGACUUAUAAUAAGUGUUUAUACUCAGUAUUAUUACCUACAUUUCUGUGAUCU